AUGCUAGACAUCAAUCUAUUGCGCACGGGAGAGAACAAACACGACGGCAAGGCGGAUCUUGUCCGCCUGUCACAGCUGAAUCGUUUUGCCUCCGUUGAGCUAGUUGAUGAGGUCAUUGCCCUCGAUGAAGCAUGGCGCCAAUUGCGGUUCGACUUGGACAAGGACCGGCAGGAGCUCAACGUCGCUAGCAAGAAGAUCGGAAAGCUCAAGACAGGCAAGCAAGAUGAGGAGGCGCAGAAGCUCAUGGAUGGCACGAACGAGAUCAAGAAGCGGCAGGCUGCCAUGUGUAGGAAGGAAUGA